UCGAAACAUUCGAGAACAAUGUUAGAGAAAAACAAUGACGAUUCAAGUAGUUCUGAAGAUGAAAUAUCAAAAAAUGCAAUAAAAGAAGCAACUGAUCAUCAACUUCUAAAAGAACACUAUUUCUCUAACGAAAAAUUUAAAAACGUAGAUGUUUCUAAAAAAUCGAAUGAAUAUAAUUCAAUAGAAAUUAAUAGUGUAAUAAAUCCCAUAUCAUUAAGAAAAAAAUUAGAACAUGAAGAUACAUUUUCCAAUUUUGGUGUGACUUCAACAUUUCAAAAUUAUGUUGCAAAAAAAUUAGAUGAAAUAUUAGAAAAAUCCAUUAAAAUAAAGAAGAAAAAGACAGACAAUAUUAUAAAUGAAAAAGAUAAUGAAAGUAAUAAUUAUGGUAUAAAAUUGCUCAAUUCUUCAUCAGAAUUUUUAGUAAUUGAAGAAGAUCUUCCAAAGUUUCAAAAGAAAAGAAAAAUAGAAACAAAUAUAGAUGAGAAAGCAAGUUUAUUAAAAUGCAAAGAAGUAGCUGUAGAUCCUGAACAUAUAUUAUCAAAAAUAGAUACUAAAGCUUGGACAAACAAACGAAAAGAAAUUGAAUUCAAUUAUAAGAAAUUGAAAAAUGGUAUUUUAGUCGAAAAACCUAACAAUAGAUGUAAUAAACGCCCUCAUAUAUAUACUUGUCCACGAUGUGAGAUAAAAUAUUGCAGUGUUGAUUGCUAUAAAAAAGAAGCUCAUUUAGAAUGUUCAGAAAGUUUUUAUAAGCAAUGUGUAAUAAAUGAGCUUAAAUCUCAAGAAAGAGACACAGAAGAUAGACAAAAGAUGUUAAAAAUUCUCAAAAGAGUACAUGAACAAGAUUUAGAAGAUAUGGAAACAUUGGAAAAUGAUGAAAUUGAUGAAGAAUCAGAAGAACAAUUAGAUUCAGAUGAUGAAGAAAAUAUAUCAGAUUUAGAAAAAAGACUUUAUGAUAUAAAUUUGGAUAAUGCAGAUCAAGUAUGGUCUGUGUUAACAAAUGCUGAGAAACAAGAAUUUGAAGCUCUAAUAAAAAAUGGUGAUAUAGAUAAAUUUUUACCAAAAUGGAUUCCAUGGUGGAUUCAUUGUACGAAAAAAAAACUUAUUGAAGAUAUGGAUCAAACAUAUGAUGAACAAGCACAGAAACUUCCUUCGCUAAUAGAUGUUCCAAUAUUUAAUGAAUUACAGAAAGCUUCUCCAAAUGUUGAAUAUAAUAUAAUAAAUGUAAUCUAUGCAUACGCAUACAUAGCAAAUUAUUAUAAUGGUGACUAUCUAAACUGUCCAGUAGAAGCUACAAUUGUUUUUCUUGAUCUCAGUGAAAAUAUGAAAUACAAUAAAGUUUAUGAAAAUUCAGAAUCAGCAAUAACUUCUAUUGUUCAUAAAAUUAUUAGUUGUAAUUGGUUACCACAAGAUGAACAAACUUUAUUAGCUUUCAAAGAAGCUGGCAAUAUAAUAAUGCAAGAUUCCGAAAAUAAAUAUCUGUAUAUUGCUGUUGCACUUUCUGAAUUAUAUAGAUUAUUAAUAGCAGCAACAAAAGAAAUAUUGAAAAAUAAAAAUGACAUUGGAAAUAAAGAAUUUUUCAAAAAAUUUGUUCGAUAUAAGAUUGAUAAUAUAAAUUUAUCGAAAAAAAUGCUUUUUUUAUAUCGUAAAAAAUUGGAGUAUUAUUUAUCAUGGACU